AUGGCCAAUGAUGGUGGAUGCAACAAGAGAUCUCUCACUAUUACACGUGUUAUGCUGAUUGGGUUCCUCUUAUGCGUGGGAGACAUCCCCUUCUGCCUCUGCCUAGGCAGUGGAGAUGGCUCCAAGAUGGGGGGCAGCAGCAUAGAGAGUGAAAAAAGAGCUCUCCUUACCAUCAGAGCAGAUGUCUAUGACCCUGAUGAGUGGCUCUCUUCUUGGACGGGCCAAGACUGUUGCCAAUGGAGGGGAGUCGGCUGUGACAACACCACCAGCGGCCAUGUGGCAAAGCUUGAUCUCAGAUUCCCGUAUGGUUAUGAACUGAUUUAUGGAACUGAAUUCCUUGGACCAAGUAAGGUAAGUCCUUCUUUAUCAAGCUUGAUACAUUUGAGGUAUUUGGAUUUGAGCAUGAACAACUUCUCUGGCGCUCCCAUCCCCGAAUUUAUUGGUUCUCUCAUGCACUUGGAGUACCUUAACCUCUCCAAGGCUUGGUUUGGUGGACCCAUUCCUCUCCAGAUUGGAAAUCUCUCGAGCCUGCACUAUCUAGAUCUUCGGGGUGGGUACAUGUUUUAUGAUCAAGUGGGUAUGUACUCUGAAUAUUAUGCAAUAGCUCUACAUGUCAAUGACCUUCAAUGGCUCUCCCGAAUCAUCUCUCUGCAAUACCUUGACUUGAGUUUCGCCAACCUCUCAAAAGCUUCAAAUUGGCUUCGUGAGAUCAAUUUGCACCCCUCUCUGUCAGUCUUGAAAUUAUCUUCUACUGGACUACCUGGUAUUCCUUCUACUCUACAGCAUGUAAACUUCACUUCUCUCACCAUGCUUUCUCUCUCUCACAAUGCUUUUGAAUCUACCAUCCCCUCCUGGCUGCUUAAUAUUAGCAAUCUUGUUCGACUCGAACUCCGUGCUUGUUACUUUCAUGGGAGCUUAUCAAAUGCUGUAGCUAUGCUGGGGUAUCUCAACCAUUUGAAGAACCUGGAUUUCUCUGAGAACUAUAUUACUGGGGGCAUUUCACAAUCUUUGCGGAAUAAUAAAUACUUGGAGCAUUUAGAUUUAUCUGAAAACCAAAUUACUACUGCAGAAAUCUUGGGGAAUCUUAGCCAACUGAGGCAUGCACUUGGAUACUUGACUGAGGAGCGCUUUUCCAACCUCACAUCAUUAGAUUACUUUGAUCUGUCUUACAACUCCUUGACAAUGAUCCCAAGUGAUGGUUGGAUUCCUUCUUUCAAUGCUUCUUAUAUCUAUAUGACCUCUUACCAUUUGGGACCUAAAUUUUCGGCUUGGCUUCAAACACAGGCACAUCUGAAAUCAUUGUGGCUAGAUGAAACUGGAAUUUCAGACAAGAUUCCAUCAUGGUUGUGGUAUAGGGAUAUUUUUGAUCUCAAUGUAUCCCAUGAUUGUAUGGAAGGACAGCUACCACGUUCUUUGGGGAGCCAUGUUGAUACAUCUCUUGAUCUGAGCUCCAACUGCUUUUCUGGUCCAAUACCUUAUCUGGUGGCUGAGGUCAUAAUUCUCUCCAACAACUCUUUUUCUGGACCUACUUCCUUGGACUUCUCUGAAAAGGUUCUUGACCUCUCCAGUAAUGAGUUAUCUGGAGGAUUUCCAGACUGUUGGAGAAAAUUACAUCAAGAAAUCCUUGAUGUACCAGAAAAUAUGAGAGUAGAAGAUACGACUAGCACAAUGGCAUGUCCUAUUAAGCUCCAAUCUUUGCACGUGAGAAACAAUCGCUUAUCUGGUAACUUUCCUUCCUUCUUGAGACUCUGUACACAAUUGGUUAUUCUUGAUCUUGGUGAAAACAAAUUCUCAGGCAACAUACCCAUAUGGAUUGGAGAAAGCCUCUCAUCUCUAAGAGUUCUACAUCCAAGAUCGAAUUCUUUUGAUAGUAAUAUCCCGAUGCAAAUAUCUAGUCUAUCGUCUCUUCAGGUUUUGGACUUGGCAUACAACAACUUCUCAGGAAAUCCACCAUCAUCCUUCAGAAAUUUUACUGCAUGGUAA